AUGCAUCUCUCCUCUCUCCUCCUUCUUUCUGCCCUGCCGGGCUCCCUCGCCGGCGCCAUCGGCCGGCCGCAGCCCCAGCAGAAGGGCCUUCACAAGCUGGCCUUGCAAGCUGGGCUGAAGUAUUUUGGCUCAGCGACCGACUCCCCGGGCCAACGCGAGCGCGCCGGCAAGGAGGACGCCUACCCGCAGUAUGACUAUAUCAUGUGGAAGUCGGGCGAGUUCGGGCAAACGACGCCUACAAAUGGGCAGAAGUGGCUCUUCACCGAACCCUCCCGAGGCGUCUUCAACUUCACUGAAGGCGAGAUCGUGGCCACCAAGGCUCGGAAAGCUGGCUAUUAUCUGCGCUGCCAUGCCCUCGUCUGGCACAGCCAGCUCGCACCCUGGGUCGAGUCGCGCAACUGGACGAAGGCCGAACUCCGCAAGGUAAUUGUCGACCACGUCACCCGCGUGGCUGGCCACUGGCGCGGACGUUGCUACGCCUGGGACGUGGUGAACGAAGCGCUCAACGAGGACGGCACUUACCGCCAGUCGAUCUUCUACCAGGUGUUGGGUGAGGAGUACAUCAAGCUUGCGUUCAAGACGGCGGCGAAGGCGGAUCCCCAUGCGAAGUUGUAUUAUAAUGAUUAUAAUCUGGAGUGGCCUAGCGCGAAGACGGAGGGGGCGAAGAGGAUUGUAAAGAUGCUCAGGAAGGAGGGGAUCCGGAUUGACGGUGUCGGGUUGCAGGCCCAUUUGGUGGCGGAGAAUCAUCCAACGCUGGAUCAACAUAUUGAUGCGAUCAAGGGUUUCGCGGAUUUGGGUGUGGAGGUGGCGCUGACGGAGUUGGAUGUCCGGUUGACGGUGCCGGCGACGGCUGAGAAUCUUGCGCAGCAGAAGGAGGCUUAUAAGAAUGUCGUCGGUGCUUGCGUCCAAGUCAAGGGCUGCAUCGGUGUCACUAUCUGGGACUUCUACGACCCCUUCUCCUGGGUGCCCGACUACUUCCCCAGCGAGGGUGCGCCUUUGCUCUGGUUCGCCAACUUCACAAAGCACCCCGCCUACGACGGCGUCGUCGAGGCGCUGACCAACAAGACCACUAAGGCGAAAGGCAAGGGCCCGCGAGCGCUCCUCUGGUAA